GCGAUGGCGGCGCCGGGAGCGGAGCUGCUGUGGGUGCGGGACCCGCUGGGGUCGCGGGUGCGGCCGCUGCCGCUGCCCCCCGGGGGCGGCUCCGUGCUCUGCCUCCGCCGCGACCGCGCCCGGGAGCUGAACGUCCCAGAAGAAAGCUUGUAUGUGAAGUGUAAUGGGCAACUGGCCAGCGAUGAAGAUGAGUUGCAGAGUGGAGUCAUUUAUAGCCUGGAGCCGAGACUUUGUGGUGGAAAAGGAGGGUUUGGGUCGAUGCUGCGAGCCCUCGGUGCUCAGAUUGAGAAGACAACAAACAGGGAGGCUUGUCGAGAUCUCAGUGGAAGGAGACUGCGGGAUGUCAAUCACGAGAAAGCGUGGUGGAAGCAUUCUGUAAGUGCAAAGCAGCCAGCUGCUGUUACGCCAGACGCUGUAAACGCUGAUUUUGGUGGUUGUGUGGCCUGCAGGAUGGCUGAGUGGGUGAAGAAGCAGGCGGAGCGGGAGGCGGAGAAGGAGCAGCGGCGCCUGGAGAGGCUGCAGCGGAAGCUGGCGGAGCCGCGGCACACGUUCACCGACCCCGAGUACGAGCGGCAGUACCGCGAGAUGGCCGAGCGCCAGGAGGAGUCCCUGCGCAUCGGCUUGCAGGUUAUUGCCAGCAAAGCGGUGUCGUCAGAAAGUGGCAAGAGUCGGAAGCGUCUGGGUGAGCCUGGAAAGAGCGAAACAAAAUCUGAAAAAAGAAAGUGUCCUUGGCCAGGAUUGGACGAGGCCACAGGCUCAGGCUGUGAGGAUGACAAUAAGGAUGACUCCCCUUGUGCAUCUGACAGAAGCUGUCCAUCAGGCAGCAGUGCUAAUGGAAGUGUUGGAAAUUCAGAUGAGUGUUCAAGCAGCUCUGUGGCUUCAGCAGAGGACAGUCCAUCUACCAGUGCAAGUCAGAAACCACUGGAGCAGCCAGACAGUCCUGGAAGAGAUCUGCAAGGAGAGGUGUGCACAGGUGGGCAGGCUGAAAUUCUGUCUGAAGAAAACAGCAAAAUGACAGAGCCCUCAAAGGAAGAGGCCCAAGGAAAGAAUGGAUUGACUCAAGCUCCAAAAGAAGAGCAAGAGCACAUUCCUGCUAAGGCACAGGAAACAAACGAGUCACAGAGCACAGAGGUGGAACCAAUAGACCUGCUGGCAUUCAACUCUGCUGCUGAACUGGAAGCCCUGGGUUUGGAGAGGCUGAAAAUGGGAUUGAUGUCUUUGGGACUGAAAUGUGGAGGCACUUUGAAGGAAAGAGCAGCAAGGCUUUUUUCAGUGAGAGGUCUGUCUAGAGACCAGAUCAAGCCAUCCCUAUUUGCAAAGCCUCCUAAAGGGAAAACCUCUGGUUAGAUUUGGGAAUAUUUACCUUUUUUGUUUUGUGUAUUUGAUGUUAUUAAAUAAAAGUUCUUGGUAUCCUUUCA